GAGGAGGAUUCCCGGAAACGGAGCCAACACGACCCAAACAUCAUUACCGCAGUGCUGGUUGGAAUGCACCCUUCUGGUCUGCUUACAGCGUACACAUGAAGUCAGCGCGUGCGGGCCCCCACACCCCCUCCCCCCGCCCCCUCCUCCAGGCCGCGGCCCGCCAGCUGAUUGGGAAUCGGUGUUCCGGUGAUGGAGUUCACUCGUAAUUGUGGAGGCUGCCGAAGACUCGACAGUCCCGCCGCGCAGCUGUGCCCCUCUGGCCCGCCUCUGUGAUGCGAACGCCGCCAGCCCGGACCGGCAGCGGGGGUUUGCGUACGCACAGAUGCAGGCGACCGGCGAGGAGGGCCCCUCGGCACCGUCCCCGGGCCCGGGCAGGGCGAAGCGGCCGCGGCACAAGCAGAGGUUCUGCCGAAGGCUGCUGCUGAGCGGCACGGUGGGGCCGUGUUGCGUGCCCAGCGGCAUCGAGAGGGACAUGAGCUCCCAUCUGGUGCACCAGGGGUCGGAAGGUGAGCGGUGCAGCGUGAGUUCCAGCUCGCCCGAGCGCGAACCCGGAGCCGGGAGGAAGUCCCGCAAGCAGCGCCUGCUCGGAUACUUCAAGAAGAAGGCGAAGCCGCGAUGGCCGUUCCUGGCCGAAAAGUCCUCCAAAUCUCAGGGAACCACCAAACUCAAGCGCGACCCGAGACUCACAUGUAGCCAGCCGGACAUCGCGCACCAGGGGUACGGGGCGGACUCGCCGGUCAGGCGGCCCUCCCUCGCACCCCAGGCCGCCAACGGGCGCGUCCGCGGCCCGGCGAAAACAGCGGCCGAACCGAACGGGCAAACCCCCGAGCGGAACGGGGCAGAAUUUGCCGCCUAUGCCGAGGGUUUACCCAAAGAAGCCGGGACGAACCAGGACCCGACGGGGGCACGGGUUAUUCCCCCUCCCACGCCGCCGUCUCCACUUCCGGGUACAGCGGCAGGCAGGAAAACACGGUAA